GUUGUUGAUGACAUUUGUGGCAAAGAAGCAAUUAAUAGGCGAUCAGUGGAAAUGUGGAGAGAUCAUUUAGAAAAGUUAGAAAAAAUAUUCAAAAUUCUAAAAACUGAUGAAAAAACUGGUAAAUCAAAAAUACCCUCUACUCAAUUAUUGGUAUCCUGUAGAUUACACGUAUAUAGAGAUUCUCAAUUUCAACUCCUUAAACUGUUCACUAAAAGUAAUUGCAAUUUGCUAUCAGAAGAACUGCGUCUGCAAUGGGAUGAAAAAAUGCUCAUGAUAAAAAAGUACUUACCACAUGAAAUGAUUGACCCCAUCGAACUAGAAAACUUCGAUUUCUUUCCUUUGCUUUGUAAAUUGUCGAAAGGGAAAAGUUUGGAUGAAAUAAGGAAACUUUUUACAUCUCCUGACGAUACUAUAAAAGAUGAUAUAAAACACUUCGUAAUGUUGCAGAGUCAACAUGGUCAAUACCAGUCUUGUGCUUUAGUUCUAUGCAUCUUAUUUGUUGAUGGUUUCGAUCCUGAUUGGCUGAAAUUGGAAUUUGCACCUUUAAGUGAACGAGACAAAAUAAAUGAAAUAAUAAAAGAAUGCAACAUACCUAUCAAACGAGAAAUGUCAAGGAAGCGUCUAAUGAGUGGAUUUAAAACUUUGGAGUUGACCUAUCUAAAAAAGCGCGGAAACAUGUAUAUUAUGAUACACGACAAAAUACAUGAAAUUGCUGCUUUAAUGUAUGGCAAGUAUCUCACAGAAUGCUUUAUCAAGUAUGCGCCUACCUCAUUUGUUCGCGAUCAUUACAUUUUCGAAUCACUUAAAUCAAAAGCAAACGAUAAUGUUAUAAUUCUUCCGGAAAACAUGAAAGAAGAGUAUUUAAGCAGAGUGAUUAGGGAUCUAAAAAAGGGCGAUAUCAUAGGCACGAUACGUAAUAGGAAUUUACAACUUUUUCGAGCUGAAAUAAUAAACAUUUUCAAGCAUGACCGCGAAGUAAGAUCAGCUUUGAAAAAAUCUAGUAACGGCGGAGAUACAUCAUAUUUUACUACACCGUUGAUGGAAGCUGCAUCUCAAGGCUACCAUGACAUUGUCAAACUCCUGAUUGACUUAAAAUGCAAUGUGAAUUACUACAAUUAUGUACGGAAAUCAGCAUUAUACAAAGCUUGUGAAGGGGGGCACACAGCUGUAGUAGAACUGUUAAUAGAAAAUGGCGCACAGGUAACUCUUUGUGAUAUAGAUGGUCUAUCGCCUUUACAUGUGUCGUGUUUACACGGACGUACAAAUGUCGUGAAAAUUUUACUUAAGAAAAGUUUUGACACCUUUAUGCUAAAGAAUUUCAUAAACCCCCAAUUUUUAUCGACUUCUCAAAAAUCAAAUUUUGACUUUGUCAAACUUUUAAAAAACAGUGUUCAUGUCUCACAAGUUGAUCAACAGGGUCGUUCACCAUUGUAUUUGGCUUGUAAAGAAGGCCAUACAAAUAUAGUAAAACUUUUACUGAGGAAGAAAGCAGAUGUCUUAAAAUGUAACAAACGUGGACAGUCGCCAUUACAUUUCGCAUGUAAAGGGGGUUAUAUAGAAAUAGUAAAACUGCUCCUAAAACAAAAUGCUAAUGUAAAUAAACGAUGCAUGGAUGGACGCGCAGCAUUGCAUCUUGCAUGUAAAGGAGGAUAUUUGUUAAUUGUGAAAAUUUUACUUGAAUAUCGGGCCAACGCUUCUCAAAAAGGCUGGUCUGGACAGUCACCAUUGCAUGAAGCUUGUGAAGGAGGGCAUAUAGAUGUGGUAAGGAUGCUACUGAAGAACAAUGCUGAUAUCAAUCACGGUGGACAGUAUGGACAGUCACCAUUAUUGGCCGCUUGUGAAGCAGGACAUUCAUAUAUAGUAAAGGUACUGUUAGAGAACAAAGCGAAUGUUUUUCAGUGCGGUAAAUCUAGAGAGUCGCCAUUACACAUGGCUUGUAAAACAGGAAAUGCAGAUAUAGUACAGCUAUUACUUGAGAAUGGUGCUAAAGUCAAUCAAUGCAACCAGCGCCUACAAUCUCCUUUAUUUCCUGCAUGUCAAGAAGGGUUUUUAGAUAUCGUAAAAAUUUUACUUAACUCAAAUAAUGCAACCGAUUACUGUGAUGUGCAUGGCCAAACACCGUUACAUUUUGCAUGUGAAGGCGGACAUACAGAUAUAGUAAAGAUUUUACUUGAUAAUGGAACUAAAGUAAAUCAGAGAGGUCGGGAUGGACAGUCUCCGAUUUUUGGGGCUUGUUGUAAGGGGCAUAUUGAUGUAGUUAAAGUGUUAUUGGUUAACUGUGCUAACGUUCUAUUACGCAAUAAUUUUAACCAGCCACCGUUGUAUGUGGCUUGCGAAAUGGGUCACAUACACAUUGUAUUACUUUUACUAGAACACGGCGCUGAGGUUUUAAAUAGUGACAAGUUUGGAAAGUCACCUUUGCAUAAGGCUUGCAAAGGAGGACAUGAUGAAAUAGUGGAAUUGUUAUUGAAGAAAAACGCUAAUGUAAAUCAAUGUGAUAAUUAUGGGCAGUCCCCAUUGCAUAGUGCUUGUAUCGGAAAAUAUAGUGAAAAUUAUCACUCUGAAUUGUCUACAUGCGAUGAACGGUACUGGGAAAUUGCUUGCGAAAUUGGUCACAUACACAUUGUACGACUUUUACUCGAGCACGGAGCUGAUGUUUUAAAUAGUGACAGGUUUGGAAGGUCACCUUUGCACAUGGCUUGCAAAGGAGGGCAUGAUGAAAUAGUGGAAUUGUUAUUGAAGAAAAACGCUGAUGUAAAUCAAUGUGACAAGAGUGGGCAGGCACCAUUGCAUAUUGCUUGUAUUGGAAAAAAUAGUGAAAUUUAUCACUUUGAAUCGACUACAUGCGAUGAAAGGUACAGGGAAAUCGUGAAGAUUUUACUGGAAAAGAACGCAGAUGUAACAUUAUGUGAUAUUCGGGGAUUUACGCCUUUGAACGUCGCUUAUAAAUAUAGAAACUCGGAUAUAGUGCAUCUUAUUGAGUCAAAGUAAGGACAAUAGGAUGCAUAACUCAACGUCAUCAUUUCUUAAGUUUUUUUGAAGUGAUUAAAAACUGCUGCAGAUAG